AUGUGUGGUAUAUUUGGUUACUGUAACUACCUGGUAGAGAGAUCUCGGGGUGACAUCAUUGACACCUUAGUGGAGGGUUUACAAAGAUUGGAAUACAGAGGAUAUGAUUCCACUGGUAUCGCCAUCGAUGGUGACACGCCUGAGUCCACUCUGUUGUACAAGCAGAUUGGUAAGGUUGAUGCCUUGAAGCAGGAGAUUGCUCGUGAUGCCCCUGAGAGAAGCACGACGUUUGCAUCUCACUGUGGUAUCGCACACACUAGAUGGGCAACACACGGUGAACCAAGACAGAUCAACUGUCAUCCACAGAGAUCUGACCCUCAAAACGAAUUCACAGUGGUUCAUAACGGUAUCAUUACAAACUUCAGAGAACUUAGAACCCUUUUGGCCAACAGGGGUUAUACUUUUGAAAGUGAUACCGAUACGGAGUGUAUUGCAAUCUUGUUUAAGCACUUGUACGAUGAGAAUUUAUCCAAUGGUCAUGAAUUAGAUUUCCACGAAUUGACUAAGCUGGUACUUACAGAAUUGGAAGGUUCCUAUGGUUUAUUGUGCAAGUCUGUACAUUAUCCUGAAGAAGUUAUUGCCACUAGGAAAGGUUCGCCACUGCUAAUUGGUGUUAAAUCUGACAAAAAAUUGAAGGUCGAUUUUGUCGACAUUGAAUUUCCUGAUGAUGCUGCUGGUAAGCCUGAUACACCAUUGGGUUCAAAGAGUGGCACCCCCAAUGCUUCAAGUAGAAAUUUGCUAAAUGCUAACAGAAGAACUAGACCUUACGAAGGUAACAAUUUCCUCCCAUUGGCAGCUAAUGAAUUUAAUUUGAGACAUUCCCAAUCAAGAGCAUUCUUGUCAGAGGAUGGUACACCAAAUCCAGUGGAAUUCUUUGUAUCUUCUGACGCCGCUUCUGUCAUCAAGCACACAAAGAAAGUGCUGUUCUUAGAGGAUGAUGAUAUUGCCCAUAUUUACGAUGGUGAAUUACAUAUUCAUAGAUCAAGAAGACCUGAAGUCGGUGCAUCUAUGACAAGAUCGAUUCAAACUUUGGAAAUGGAAUUGGCUCAAAUUAUGAAAGGUCCUUACAAGCACUUCAUGCAAAAGGAAAUCUUUGAACAACCAGAUUCUGCAUUAAACACCAUGAGAGGUAGAAUUGAUUUUGAAAAUGGUACCGUUAUGCUUGGUGGGUUAAAGGCUUGGUUACCAGCUGUGCGCAGAGCACGUAGAUUAAUCAUGAUUGCGUGCGGUACUUCAUACCAUUCGUGCCUAGCAACGCGUGCCAUCUUUGAGGAACUAUCAGAAAUCCCAGUUAGCGUCGAAUUGGCAAGUGAUUUCUUAGACCGUAAAUGCCCUGUCUUCAGAGAUGACGUUUGUUGCUUUGUAUCCCAAUCUGGUGAAACAGCCGAUACCAUGCUAGCUCUUAACUACUGUUUGGAAAGAGGUGCAUUAACACUGGGGAUUGUUAACAGUGUUGGUUCUUCCAUUUCAAGAGCUACUCACUGUGGUGUUCACAUCAAUGCAGGUCCUGAAAUUGGUGUUGCCUCCACAAAAGCCUACACAUCUCAAUAUAUCGCACUGGUGAUGCUUGCCCUAUCAUUAUCAGACGAUAGAGUUAGCAAGAUUGAAAGGAGAAAAGAUAUUAUAAGAGGUUUGCACAAAAUUCCUGAUCAAAUUAAAGAAGUUCUCAAGCUAGAAACAAGAAUCAAAGAAUUAUGUCACAACGAUUUGAAGGAUCACAAAUCUCUGCUACUAUUAGGUAGAGGUUACCAAUUUGCCUCCGCCUUGGAAGGUGCUCUAAAGAUUAAAGAAAUUUCCUACAUGCAUAGUGAAGGUGUUCUAGCGGGUGAAUUGAAACACGGUGUCCUAGCACUUGUUGACGAACAAUUGCCAAUCAUUGCAUUUGGUACAAGAGAUUCACUUUUCCCCAAAGUUGUAUCUUCAAUUGAACAAGUUACCGCUAGAAAAGGUCGUCCAAUUAUUAUCUGUAAUACAAACGAUGAGGUUUGGGCUAAGAAAGCAGAAACUAACAAAUUGCUUACUUUAGAAGUUCCACAAACGGUCGAUUGUUUACAAGGUUUGCUAAACAUUAUUCCUUUGCAGUUAAUCUCCUACUGGCUUGCAGUUAAUAGGGGUAUCGAUGUUGAUUUCCCCAGAAACUUGGCCAAAUCAGUUACCGUGGAGUAG